CGUACCGUUAUGUAGCAGCAAGUACUCGUUGGAGUAAAACAAGAAGGAUUAAAGGAUGAAACGGAAGCGAAAGGACCGUAGAAACUUCCAUUUGGAUCAAAUAGGACUCAAUUCCAGCGAGUGGAAAAUGUUUUGGAUGGGAAAGAUGUGGAUGUUAAUCGUGGUUUUGUCCGGUGUCCUGCCUCAGCCCGGCGGUGGCGUCCACGUGUUUGUGCGCGAGCAGAAGAAGUACGCGGUGUUGUUCCAGGUGGCGGUGCUGCCGUGUCAGUACACCAGCGUCUCCCUGCGCACGCCCGUGGUGCAGUGGGUCUACAAGUCCUACUGCCGGGACACCACGCCGGACUCCUUCAGCGUCCAGGCUGGUCCGAGCGGAGGGGUAGGAGGAGGCGGAGUCACGUGGGCGAAUGGCGCCACUUACCUGGACUGUGCCGACAGCAGCCGCACCGUCAGAACCGUGGCCUCCCUUUCUGGAUCCUCCGUCACGCUGGCUGAGUACUACAAGGACCGAGACAUCUCCAUCAUCAACAAGGCGGACCUGCGCAUUGCAGACGUGCAGUGGGGGGACAGCGGUGUGUACAUCUGCCAGGUGGUGAUCGCAGACGACCUGGAAGGAGAGAAUGAAGCGUCGGUGGAGCUGCUGGUUCUUGAGUGGGUGUUUGUGUGUGCGGUGGUGGUGGGCAGUGUGUUGCUGCUGCUGCUGCUGGGAGUGUGUUGGUGCCAGUGUUGUCCUCACUCCUGCUGCUGCUACGUCAGCUGCUGCUGCUGUCCUGACAGCUGCUGCUGCCCCCGACACCUGUACGAGGCGGGGAAAGGAAUCAAGACGCAGACGCCCGCCUUCACCCCCUACUUUGUCUCUGGUGUCCCAGCCAUGGUGCCCAUUGCUCCACCUUCCUUGGUGCCCAUUGCUCCACCUUCCCUGCUGUCUGUCACACCUUCUAAUGGGAGUCUGCUCUCUGCAGGUCCAGUCCAAGCUGCAGGAGCUCCCUGCCCUCAGGACCAGCAGGACUCACUCAGGGUUCUUCAGUACGUGGAGAACCAGCUGGCUCACUUCAGUCCUGCCAGGUCCAGCAGCCACCAGUCUUGCGUUCAGUCGGAGCUGAGUUCUCUUCACGAAGGAGACACAACUCUCCGACAUGUCCAAAAGAAAACACUUCCUGCCCGAGACGAGCGCCCUCAGCCAGAAGCCAGGCGAUACCGGGACGACGCUCCUUCUUCACCUUGCCGUUACCGUGACGACGCUCCUUCUUCACCUCGCCGUUACCGUGACGACGCUCCUUCACCUCGCCGACACCCCGAGUCAGAGGCCCGUCACAAGGUGGAGGACAUCACACCACCACGCCGCUACAGUGAUGACCCGCCUCCCUCAUCUUCGUCUCGCAGGCAUGGACGUAAUCAUCAGCAGCACAGCCACAGUGAUGACUACCCUCACAACAGGUGGAACCCUGGCUCAGAACACCUGCACAGGUGGAACCCUGGCUCAGAACACCUGCACAGGUGGAACCCUGGCUCAGAACACCUGCCCAGGUGGAACCCUCGCUCAGAACACCUGCCCAGGAAGGAGUAUCAGGGCGCAGGAAGGAGAUCAGUGGAGGACUUAGGUAGCAAGCAGAGAGGAGGCAGAAGGGAGCAUGAAGACCAUGGAACAGAACUUGAGGAGUUCACUCGCCAUCCUUCCUCCCCACAUGCUCCCCCUCCUCUGCGUUGCUACGACGACCACCACCAGCCGGCAGACAGCGGCGACGAGCGACACAGGAGACAAAGAAAAACGGAACGCGACAUAAGUCCACUUCCCUCCCCCACAAAGAGGCGGGGCACCUGGGGCGCCGAGCGCUCGGCCCCGCCCCCCUCCGCCGUCAACCCGCCGCCGUCUUCCGACGACGACGGAACAUUCCUGAACCGCCUGUUGGAGCGCAAGGCCAAGUUACGAGGGGCGGACCAGGGGAGGAGCCAGGACUCGGACACGCCCUCCAAGAGGAGUGGGGAGGAGUCAGGCCCGCGCCGGAGCAGGUUGCCUAGCGACCGACCUGAAGCAGAUACAACUGACGGAUCUUCACCUCGAUGCACGCUCACUAGGAGAGAGGACGGCAGGGACAAGUCUCGUAAAGUGAGUACUCUUCUCAGCCGGGAUUCCCUCAUCGUCUGAUUGGCUGACGGCGGUCAUGUGACUGGACAAGAGCUAUGGUACUGACUGGAACUGCUAUGCUUCAAUGAGCAUCCUUACUGAUGAUGUCAUCGCUGCCUGGUUUGUGUUGCUGAAGCACGCACACACACACACACACACACACACACACACACACACACACACAUUCUUGUAUUUGUUACCUUCUUGAGACCUGUGAAAAAUGCCUUUGUCUUUAGGAGCAGCCUUUCUAGAUAUAUAAAGAUGUGUACAUAGAACAUUAAUAAUGUAUACAUACUAUGCAAAUGUUGUGAAAAAUGAGUUGGAAUUUCACAAGAAAAAAGGUCACAAUUUCACAAGAAAAACUUAAAAUGUUGGCAGUAUUAUAAUUAAAGUCCUCAUUUUAUUCAAAAUGUGACGAGAAAAACUGAACAUUUUUGCAAUAUUAUGAUAAAAGUUGGAAUUUUACUCAACAUUCGCAAUUUUACAAGAAAAUCUUGAAAUUUUGGCACUUUUAUGAAAAGGGUUGUCAUUUUACUCGACAAAAGUCACAAUUUUAUAAGAAAACGUGAACAUUUUGGCAAUAUUAUAAUAAGCAGAAUUUUACUUGGGAAAAAUGAUGACUAGAAUUUUACUCAAUAGUCCCAAUUUUAUAAGAAAAGCUUGAAAUUUUGUCGAUUUUAUAAAAAGGGUCGUAAUUUUACUCAAUUACAGUCGCAAUUUUUGAAAUUUUGGCAAUUUUAUGAAAAGAGUCGUAAUUUACACAACAAAAGUUACAAUUUUAUAAGAAAACGAACAUUUUGGCAAUAUUAUAAUAAGCAGAAUUUUACUUGGAAAAAAUUUGACUUGAAUUUUACGCAAUACUAGUCGCAAUUUUACAAGAAAAGCUUGACAUUUUGUCAAUUUUAUGAAAAGGGUCGUAAUUUUACUCAAUCACAGUUGCAAUUAUACAAAUCACAAUUUCACAAGAAAAGCUUCAAAUGUUGGCAGUAUUAUAAUAAAAGUCCUCAUUUAAUUCAAAAUGUGACAAGAAAAAGUGAACGUUUGUGCAAUAUUAUGAUGAAAGUUGGAAUUUUACUCAACAUUCGCAAUUUUGCAAGAAAUGCUUAAAAUUUUGGCAAUUUUAUGAAAAGGGUUGUCAUUUAACUCGACAAAACUCACAAUUUUAUAAGAAAACUUGAACAUUUUGGCAAUAUUAUAAUAACCAGAAUUUUACUUGGGAAAAAUUAUGACUAGAAUUUUACUCAAUAAUAGUCGCAAUUUUACAAGAAAGGCUUGAAAUUUAGGCAAUUUUAUGAAAACGGUCGUAAUUUUACUCAGUCGCAAUUUUACAAGAAAGGCUUUAAAUUUUGGCACUUUUAUGAAAAGGGUUGUCAUUUUACUCGACAAA